GACUCAGACUCAUGUUGUAAACAAACACUGAGGUUUCAACACUCGGCCGAUAUUAAUGAAAUCUAAAGAAUGGAAAUAAGAGUUCGCAUUAUCACACACAAUCAUGCUUUAUUGUGUGUAUUUGUGGCGUUUUUUAUCGCUGGUUUGUUUCCGGCUGCAGCAAUUGACGUUUACUCUCCAGCCGAGGUGUUUGUUGAAAACGGGACAUCAGCGACUCUGGCGUGUAGUUUUAAAUCUAAAGAGGUGGUCAGCAGUUCCACUUCAGUUUCGUGGUCAUUCCUUCCGGAGGGUGACACAGGAACCUCCACCACAAUCUUCUAUCACACGAGUGGGCAGACUUACCCAGGCUCCCUUCCUCAGUUUAAAUCUCGCGUGGAGUGGGCCGGCGACAUGAACAAGAAGGAUGCGUCCAUCCGCGUCAUGCAGAUGCAGUUUAAAGACAACGGGACGUUCAUCUGCGACGUGAAGAAUCCUCCGGACAUCACCGGCCAACCGUCUGUCACUAAAGUCAGAGUCGUCAUGAAAGAGUCUCUCCCUCACACGAGUACAGCUGUCAUCGUGUGCGCCGUGAUCGGCGUUGUGUUCGGGAUAAUCAUCAUAUCUGUCAUCAUAUAUCUGAUUAUCAGACGACACGAGCCCGGCCAUGACUAUGAAGGCUGCACCUCUGUAGAGAGUGGCAGCUCACUGAACUCUCGGGUGGGGAAGAAGGAGUCCAGCACAGAGAACUCGCGCUGCUCUAGUCCCUCUACCGCACCUGUACAGGGGCCUGUGAUAUACGCUCAACUGGAUCAUUCCGGAAGCAAGAACUCCAGCUCUUUCCACAAGAUGGAGCCGGUGGUGUACGCUGACAUUCGUAAGAACUAGAGCUGCAGGGGGCGGGGUUAUGUUAAUGAGCUUUGCAUGUGCAUCACUAGGACGUCCAUUCAGAUCACAAAAGACUUUAUGAAAUGUUGAUUAGUUUGCGAGUGGGUUAGUACUGGACUGAAUGAUUUAUUAAAUAUUUUACUGCACAGCACGAGUUGCUUCCUGUGAUGUCGUUCAGUGUUCGUAUGUGUUUUAUUGUAAAUGCCAUAUGUGAGUUGCUAGCUAGUGUUUAACACAAAUUACUGACACUGAUGAUGAUGAUGAUGUCACACACAUAGAGACAGUGAUGGAAUCGCAUCACAUUUCACUCUGAAAUCAAAAGAAAAUACAUUUUGUGUAAGAAUAACAGAGAAAUCGAAUGGAAAAAAUUGUAAAUGACAAUUAAACACAUUCCAUCUCCAAAUUCACAUUACUAUAUUUUGCAUUACAUUUUGCAAAAAGUAAAUGAGCCUGUUUGUUUGUGAAAAAAUUAAGAUGUUGUGGCUGAUUGGUGUUUGUUGCAUUUUAUUUAAUUUUUUGCAUUUAAUUUAAAGAGAAAAUGUGCUUCAUUGUCAUAAAAGGGGCAUCAUUCGCUUUGUGCAAAAUAUAAUUUCAUAUUUUUUGAUUUUGGGGUGAAAUAUGACGUGCACAUGUUCAGUUUCCUGAGAUUCACUCUGGCAAACAGCAGCUUUAUGAAUCACUGUGGCAUUUAAUGGGCUUAAAUGACGAUGAUGCUGUGUGUGUGUGUGUGUGUGUGUGUGUGUGUUUGCAUGCAACUGAUGUAUAAACAACUGAACGUGAUCCAGCAUGAUGUGUGAUUGUCACGAGAUGUCUUACAUGUCAUUUACCUCACUGUUGGGUAAAUCUACAGUCUGAAAUCUGAAACACAGUUUCAGGUGUCUGGAUGAUGAUGUUAGUAAUAGUGUGUAUGUUUUAACGGUUAGGCUAGUUAGCUUAUUAUCAUGACAACACAUAAUGCCUUUGAAUAUUCAGUUUAUUACAGUAGUUGAUGUACGGUUUAUUCGGGGUACUGUAUGAACUGCAUUUGAUGUGUCACUGCCACUUUUGUUUUAAAAUAGUCUUAAACACAAACAUUUUUAUUCUGUCAUUCCAGUUUUAUGUCUUACGUUUUUGUUUUUUCAUAACUUAAACUUGGCACUAUUUUCUUUGUUGAAAGUGCUGACACAUUUGAACACUAUUGAGAUGUUGAGCGUAACCAAAAUCAGUGAUGAAUGAUCUUUCCUGUAUGUUUCUGAUGCUGGAGUACUUUAUCAUGCUUGUGUUUUUAUUAGAUUUAUUCCAUAGAUUAUUAUUUUUCUUAUUGGAACUCUGUUGCGAUUGAUUCAUAUCAACAUUCCAUGAUUCCCAUGUGCCUGUCGGUGUUUUAUUUGAACUCAUGUUGCAGAUUCUGCCUGUUUGAUUUUAACUGCAGCACUGUGUGUGUGUGUUUGUGUGUGUGUUUGUGUUUGUGUGAAUGUGUGUAAGUGUGUUUGUGUGUAAAUGUGUGUAAAUGUGUGCGUGUGUAUGUGUGGGUGUGUGUUUGUGUUUGUGUGUCUGUGUGUAAGUGUGUGCGUGUGUUGUGUGUAUGAGUGUGUGCGUGUGUGUAGUGUUUUGUGUGUCUGCGUGUGUGAGUGUGUGUGUGUGUAGCAUUUUGUAAGUGUGUGCUUGUGUUGUGUGUGUGUAGUGUUUUGUGUGUAAGUGUGUGCAUGUAUUGUGUGUGUGUGUAGUGUUUUGUGUGUAAGUGUGUGCGUGUUGUGUGUGUGUAGUGUUUUGUGUAUAUGUGUGUGUAAGUGUGUGUAGUGUUUUGUGUGUCUGUGCGUGUGUGAGUGUGUGUGUGUAGCGUUUUGUAAGUGUGUGCUUGUGUUGUUUGUGUGUAGUGUUUUGUGUGUAAUUGUGUGCAUGUAUUGUGUGUGUAGUGUUUUGUGUGUAAGUGUGUGCGUGUUGUGUUUUGUGCAUAUGUGUGUAAGUGUGUGCAUGUGUUGUGUGCGUGUAGUGUUUUGUGUGUCUGCAUGUGAGAGUUUGUGCGAGCGCGUGUGCGAGCGUGUGUUUGUGUGUGUGUGCAUUUGUUGUGUGUGUGUGUUUUGUGUGUCUGCGUGUGUGUGAGCGUGUGUUUGUGUGUAUGUGCGUAUGUGUGUAAUUGUGUGUGAGUGUGUGUGUUUAGUGUUUUGUGUGAGUGUGUGUGAGAGCGUGUGUGAGCGUGUGUUUGUGUGUGUGUGUGUGUGCAUGUGUUGUGUGUGUGUAUGUGUCUGUGUGUAAAUGUGUGCAUGUGUUGUGUGUGUGUAUGUAUGUAUGUGUCUGUGUGCAAAUGUGUGUGUGUUUGUAGGUGUCUGUGUAAGUGUGUGCAUGUGUUGUGUGUAUGUGUGUCUGUGUGUGUGUGUGCAUGUGUUGUGUAAGUGUGUGUAAGUGUGUUGUGUGUGUGUGUAUGUGUAAAUGUGUGCAUGUGUUGUGUGUGUGUGUGUAUGUAUGUGUCUGUGUGUAAGUGUGUGCAUGUGUUGUGUAUGUAUGUGUCUGUGUGUAAGUGUGUGCAUGUGUUGUGUGUGUGUGUGUAUGUCUGUGUGUAAGUGUGUGCAUGUGUUGUGUGUGUGUGUAUAUGUCUGUGUGUAAGUGUGUGCAUGUGUUGUGUGUGUGUGUGUGUUUCACUUAUGAACUGGAACUCUGGCCGAGAGUGCCUUUAAUACUCAUGAACUAACUCAAACACAUCCUGUCAUUUUCUUCUUGAUUUAUCAGCAUUUUGUAUAUGAAAACAACUGUAUCUGUCUAAUUUUAUACAUGCAUAUAUAUAUAAAUAUAUCAAACAGA